CCCGAGCGCCCUCUUAUAAGCGUCCAUGGCCUCAGAGUAUCGCACAAACCAAUUCACAUCUCUCACUUUUAUCCCUCAACCAACCAGCAAACAUGUCCGGACGUGGCAAGGGCGGCAAGGGCCUGGGCAAGGGCGGCGCCAAGCGCCAUCGCAAGGUGCUCCGCGACAACAUCCAGGGCAUCACCAAGCCUGCUAUCCGCCGUCUGGCUCGUCGUGGCGGUGUGAAGCGUAUCAGUGGCCUCAUCUACGAGGAGACCCGCACGGUGCUCAAGACCUUCCUGGAGAACGUCAUCCGCGACUCGGUCACCUACACCGAGCACGCUCGCCGCAAGACCGUGACCGCCAUGGACGUGGUCUACGCGCUCAAGCGCCAGGGCCGCACCCUGUACGGCUUCGGUGGCUAAGCAGUUUCCAUUCCUGUGCACGUUGGGCGCCGCAGCCUCCUUCGAAGCCCAA